AUGCUCUCGGUGGUCUCCUUGGGAUUGCUCUCUGCUGCCAGCGAUCUGGAACUCGAGACCGUUCGAUACUACGAUCUAAGUAAUGUCCAAGGUACCGCGCGGGGUUGGGAGAGAGAAGAACGCAUUCUGUUAUGUGUUCCGCUGCGUGAUGCAGAGGCACAUUUGGCAAUGUUCUUCUCUCAUCUGCGAAACUUCACGUAUCCUCAUCAUUUGAUCGAUCUGGCUUUCUUAGUGUCUGAUUCUAAGGAUCGCACCCUACAAGUCCUCACGGACAAUCUGGAACGAAUUCAGGCCGAUCCCGAUCCUAAACAGCCUUACGGGGAAGUGUCCAUUAUUGAGAAGGACUUCGGCCAGAAGGUAAACCAGGAUGUUGAAAGUCGACAUGGAUUCGCCGCACAAGCUAGUCGACGAAAGCUAAUGGCCCAAGCCAGAAAUUGGCUGCUCAGCGCAGCCUUGCGACCAUAUCACUCUUGGGUUUACUGGCGAGACGUAGAUGUAGAGACGGCGCCAUUUACCAUACUCGAAGAUCUCAUGCGUCACAAUAAAGACGUAAUUGUUCCCAAUGUCUGGCGACCCUUGCCAGAUUGGCUUGGUGGCGAGCAACCCUACGAUUUGAACUCUUGGCAGGAGUCAGAGACCGCAUUAGCGCUUGCGGAUACCUUGGACGAAGAUGCUGUGAUUGUGGAGGGUUAUGCAGAGUAUGCCACCUGGCGACCUCAUUUAGCAUAUCUGCGUGACCCUUAUGGCGACCCGGAUAUGGAGAUGGAGAUUGACGGCGUCGGAGGUGUUAGCAUUUUGGCCAGAGCCAAAGUCUUUCGGACUGGAGUUCACUUUCCGGCAUUCAGCUUCCAAAAACAUGCUGAAACAGAGGGGUUUGGAAAGAUGGCAAAAAGAAUGCAGUACUCCGUCGUAGGCUUGCCUCACUAUGUAAUAUGGCAUCUUUACGAGCCUAGCGUAGACGAUAUACGUCACAUGGAGGAGAUGGAGCAGGAGCGGAUCGCCCGUGAGAAGGAAGAGCAAGAGAAGAAAUUGAAGGAGCAAAAAUUGAAGGAGGAAUUUGGUGAUGCAAGCAGUCAAUGGGAGAAGGAUAAGAAGGAGAUGAAGGAGCAACAGCAGCAAUCGCAGAGAUCUGGCGCAGAUUCAAAUGAAGUGCAUCAAGCUGGAGGCUAG